CUUCAGUUCCUCCUAACAUAGUUUUCCAGUCGGUGUAUUUUUGAAGACGCACUUGGCUCGUUCGAGCAAACAAACAAAACCGGCCAGGUGUCAUUAUGGAGUUUGCGGAGCUGAUCAAGACGCCCAGAGUGGAUGGCGUGGUCCUUCAUAGGCCUUUUAUGCCCACCGUGGAGGGCACUUUAUGCCUGACGGGACAUCACCUCAUUCUGUCCUCCAGGCAGGACAAUGCAGAGGAGCUGUGGUUACUUCAUGCCAAUAUUGACUCCAUAGAGAAAAGGUUUAUUGGCUCCCUGGGCAGGAUCAUUGUAAAGUGUAAAGACCUAAGAGUGAUCCAGCUGGACAUUCCUGGUUUGGAGGAGUGCCUCAACAUCGUCAGUUCAACUGAGGCUCUGUCCACGCUGGAUUCUGUGUCCCUGAUGUACCCUUUCUUCUACCGGCCCAUGUUUGAGGUCAUAGACGAUGGAUGGUAUUGUUUUAGACCACAAGAUGCCUUUAAAGACCUUGAGUCUAUGACGGAUGAAUGGAGGCUGAGUGAAGUCAACAAUGACUUUAGUGUGUGCCCAUCCUACCCUCCCCUUGUUGCCGUGCCCAAGGGUAUCGAUGAUGACGCCCUGAGGAAAAUAGCAACGUUUCGUUACGCCGGCCGCUUCCCCGUGCUCAGCUAUUACCACAAGAAGAAUGGCAUGGUGAUGAUGCGAGCAUCUCAGCCUCUAACGGGCACUAACGGGCGGCGGUGCAAGGAAGAUGAGAAGCUUAUCAAUGCCACCCUGAGGCCUGGGAAACGUGGCUACGUUAUAGACACCCGUGCCAUCAACUUGGCCCAGCAGGCCAAAGCUAAAGGUGGAGGCUUUGAGUCUGAGGCAAAUUACCCCCAGUGGAGGAGGAUCCAUAAGGCCAUUGAGAGAUCCAACGUGCUGCAGGAGAGCCUCAUCAAGAUAGUGGAGGCGUGCAACGACCAGUCCCACAACAUGGACCGCUGGCUCAGUAAGCUGGAGGCGUCCAGCUGGCUGGCCCACAUCAAGGAGAUCCUGACCACGGCCUGCUUGGCGGCCCAGUGCAUCGAUAGGGAGGGAGCGUCUGUACUUGUCCACGGAACAGAAGGCACAGACUCUACGCUGCAGGUCACCUCCUUGGCUCAGAUCAUUCUGGAUCCAGCCUGCCGGACGAUCAGAGGCUUCCAAGGCCUGGUGGAGCGUGAGUGGCUCCAGGCGGGUCACCCGUUCCAGCAGCGUUGUGCCCAGUCGGCCUAUUCGAGUGGCAAACUUCGCCAAGAGGCUCCCGUCUUCCUCCUCUUCUUGGACUGCGUGUGGCAGAUCCUGCGGCAGUUUCCGUGCUCCUUUGAGUUUGGCGAGAGCUUCCUGGUGCUGCUUUUUGAGCAUGCCUACGCUUCGCAGUUUGGUACUUUUCUGGGCAACAGUGCUGCGGAGAGGUCAAAACUGUCGGUGGCUGAGAAGACGGUCUCCCUGUGGUCAUGGGUGAAUCGGCCCCAGGAGCUUGAGCGCCUUACCAACCCACUCUAUGAGGCCAACAGCCUUGUCAUCUGGCCCUCGGUGGCCCCUCAGAGUCUACUGCUGUGGGAGGGAGUCUUUCUCCGCUGGAACCGCUCGUCCAAGUGUUUGGACGAGGCCUACGAGGAGAUGGUGCACAUCAUCGAGUACAACAAGGAGCUGCAGAACCGGGUCAACCUCCUACGCAGGCAGCUGGCCCAGCUGGAAACCGAAGAUCCUCUGCUGCAAACACCAUAGAACCAGCACAAAGGAGGCGAAAAAGGUAGAAGACAGAUCUGCAGACUGGUUUGAUUGAUUUCAAAUACGAGGGAUUGAAUUGUUUUUUUAUGUUUACAUCACAUAGUUGCACAUGCCUGAAGCUUUUGCCCUCAAAAUACACUGUGGACACACAUAUUAUUAGACACUUCUUAAUCAACUUUUCUCCACUGUAGGUAGGUGUACAAAUACUUUUGCCCAUAUGACAUACACAUCUUUUGUCUUGUAUCCCACCGAAUGUAUACGCAGCUAAAGCGCCGCACAGGUAACUAUGGCAACAAAUAAGAGCGCCGUAAGGCAGCACGUGGCUUCCCUGCACGUUGCUGUGGCACCAUGAGCGUAGGUGGAACUGACCAGUCGUACUGGUUAUUAGAAUAUUUAUCACAAGCACUACUUCGCUUUGCAGUAAGUUGAAACCGGGAAGCGUUAUGCACCUUGCAAGUAAUAUCCAAUACAUGAGCUGUCAUCCUCUGCUCAGUUUCUGUAUUACUUUUGACAAGGUGUUUAUUAUUAGAGAUACAAGAUACAUAGCUUUUGUAUUGGAUCACAUUGUUUACUUUAAAGUGUAUGGUGAGCGUACAAUACUAAUGCAUUAGUGCAUUAAUUAAUUAAUUUGUGCAUUAGUGCAUACAUUUUCAGAAAACACAAAAAACUUCACUAAAAUGUAACAUGACAUUCAUUGAUCAUUUCACUCAAAAAGGAUGUAACAAAGUAUGGCUAUUGGCAUAGUAUUAACACUGUGUGUAAAUUAUGUAACUUAAGACAAAUAAAUGAUUCCGGCAAUUUUUUUAACAUGCCUUUGUGACUUAAAGGGAUAACUGUAUUUUUUUAUUUAUUUUGCGUAACAUCUACAAUCAUUAGGAAAGACAUGAAGACGCAUGUAAAAAAAAAUGUAUGCACUCAAAAUAGUGAAUAGUAAAAGUCCGCUUUUAUUUACUCCAUUUACAUUUCGUGGCUUGAAUAUUUACUAAGUAUUAGUGAUAUUGUUAUUAUAAGCCCGAACGCAGACAAACUAUUUAAAGCGGCGCCGUGAUCACAAGCUUGUGUGCCAAUGUUGAUCGACUGAUGAGCUGCUUCCUCGUUUCCCUGCUCGUCAAACUUUAUUUUAGAUCAUUAAUACCUUGAUAGUAGUAGGACAAGGACGUAUUCCGACAAGUUGGUACACUUUGACAGCCAAUUUAGACCUGGUAAAAGACGCUUGGUUCCACCCCCCUUUUCUCACUAGGUUUAUGAGUCAUUCUUUUAUAUCUAAAUGGGAAUAUAUGAACAUCCUAGCAGUCGGCAUCCUAAUGACAGCAGGCCUUGUAGAGUAAGUGCUGAUUUAAUAUGUUUGUUCACUCCCAUACAGUCUGUAGUGAGCAGUAUUCAGUGAUGUAGUUAAAAAAAAAAGUGAACAUCGUGAUGGGUUUGUUAAAUGAAUGUGCCGCAUAUGCUAAAAAUAAGAAAAAUACGUAAAUAUUAAAUUACAUUACAUAUGUACUUACAGCAUGUAUAUAAAGCCUCAAUGGAGGUGCUUGGAUGUUUUUAAAGGCUUUAUAGGCAGAAUAGCGCAGCACUCAUAGACUCCAUUGUAAGCGGACUUUUGAUUGCAUUUAUUUGCUAUUUUGAAUGCAUUAAAAAAAAAAACAUCCGUCGUCAUGUCUUUCAUAAUGAUUGUGAACGAUAGACAAAAUUCCCUCAAAAUGUGCCGUUCCCCUUUCAGCAAGAUAUGGCAACAAUUUAUUUUGAAGGUGUCUACAUAAGUCACAAAAGCCUGUCAUACACCAUAAUCAUGAGCAAUAAUGUUGCUUCAAAGUGGCAUUAAUGUUAAUGACACAUCACAUGUCAUGGCUAUGACAAAGCUUGUAUGACUCUUAUGUAGACACCUUUAAAAUAAAGUGUUACCUUACCUUAAGUUAAAAAAAAUUGCCAAAAUCUUUCUUUAUUUCAUAGGCCAUAAUGUUAACGGGGUCAAAUCAUGAGCAUGUAGGCGAUUUUACCUUAGGUGGCCAGCGUAAUGAGAUGAUUUAGGCCAAAAAAAAAAAACAAUUGCCAUGGUUACAAAGCCCACCAAAAAGUCUUAAUAGCAUUUUAUUAUCAUAUUAAAACAAUGCACUUUGUUUUUGUUGCAACAUACUAUACUGUUUCUCAAUCAAAAGUAAUCUGUGUGUUAAGAAACUGAAGUUAUUUCACGUUAGCAUGAAUACAGUGCAGCUCAUCCCUUGUUUUUUUGCAGAAUGUGUACAGUAACUGAUCAUUUCAUUUAGCCUUAAAUAGACUUUUGUUGCUUAUGGCUGUCUGUAGCUAUGCCAACAACAAAAAACACUUUAAUAUUGUUGUCUCACUUAUUCCAACCACUACUUUAAACUGCUUUAUAUUGUACAUUUGAAGAGAUCCUGCAUGCACAAAAUGUUUACAUUAUGUCAAAUGUCUAGUUGAAUUAUAUUAUUAUACAGUGUAAUUAUGCAUCAUGUCCUCUAAUAAAACUCUGUGAUGUGAUCGCAACAGUGGAGAAAUAUUAUUGUACUUUAGUGUCGAAAUAUCUUUCCACAUGACAGUAGCAGGGGUCACAAUUCACCAAGGACCACGGCCCGAAAUAUUGUGCUAUGUGUGUUGAUGAUGUGUCAGUGGAAUAAAUAGGCGAGCAUCAGCUGCCUCCAAGCACCAUGUGACUGCUGCUUUUUACAUUGGAUCAUACUUUCCUACACAUAUGAAUGAAACUUGUUGCUCAUACAAUGAAGGACGGCGGUUUUAGUAUUGUUUUGU